AUGGGAGAAGGAAGGUCCGAAGGAACGGAGCACUUGCAAUUACAGAUGGGAAAGAACGACGUUCCUCUUGCUUCCCAUCUUAACAGUGGAGAUGAUGCUGCGGGUGGAGCCGAGGCAGCAACUUCAUUUCAUCAGCGCCCCAUCCUCCCAACCUACCUUACCUUUGUUGAUUGCCAUGCCCUGAUGGCCAUCGAGUCAGCAGGGACCGACGUCGUUUGCCUGUGCCGCGUUGCGUUAUCCAGACCACGCACCAAGCUACUCCCAGCCGCCGCGGUUGACGGGCUCACUGGCCUUAGUCCCGUGCACAUCGAGCCCCGCCAGCUCCAGCGUUCAAGCACUUUCAAGCAGCCAGGGGCUGGCUUCAUGCCAUCGCCCCUACAGCAUGGCGCCGCUCCUCCACCUCCGAGCCAGGCGGACGUCACCAGAAGGAGCCAUGCCAUCAAAGGGAUCCUCCUGUCCAUCGAUUCACCCUCGCUUUACAGUUACAUUGCCUCUUCACCACAUGCUCAGUAUCUAGACACUGCAGCUGAUGAUUGCCAAACCACCGCCAACAUAAUACGGCUUAUCGUAAGCGCGCCCGCCUAUCAAACACACCCUCCUACUCCCUGCAAGUCCAUCGAAUGGCUACACAGUACGGUAGACUGGCCGUGGGUUCAAUUUGCAUUUCACGGCCUGUCUGUCUCACCUCCACUACCAGCUAGUCUCCGUGAAAGAUCUGUCAGCCCUCGAGCUAUGAAGCACCUGUCUCGGCCGCAGAUAACAUACACUUGUAACCUCGAAGAUCGGUACGCGCAGGAGCACUGGGCUGCUAGCAUUCCAGCAUUCACGUUAUCGACAUCGACUACACGCACUCAUUGUGCCAUGCGGAUGACUUUUUGGCAUUUCGCGAGGUUGUCUAGAGGAAAGCACGAGUCUCAUGUUGCCGCAACACACACUCCCAUACUUUCCUUCCCACACGCUCAACUAGGUAUUCACGAAUCUGCCACACAGCGCCACAGGCGUCGCCCUUGGCGGCAGAACGGCGGGACAAACAGUCCAUAUUCUGGGCUAACUUCGCACUAUGUCAGCAAAGAGUUCGCACCCAAAUCUACGGAUACGCGAGAAUUGCUAGGCACACCCCGGUCGCCUUCGCUCGACAAUCCUUUCCAGACCAUCAUUGCCUAUACUGGCACGGCUGGCUCUGCGAGCCGCUCUAUCCCCGCCGGCCGGUUCGGUGACUUCGACAUGGCCAAAAGCCCCGACGUCCAAUACCAAAACAUGACGAUGCCAGCCAGUUUGAACGGCAAGGGCUGUUCCAGAUGCCUCAAAAUGCCCCGGUCAUUGGCAAAAACUGCCAACGGCAAAUCGGCCAUCUCAGCGGUCGUCAAUUACGGACACUUCGGCCUGGACGGCGGGAAACACGGAGGCCCGAGGCCAGUCCCUGAUCCCUGGCUGACCCUUCUUGUUGGCGACAACUGGCAAAUCCUUUUCUUUACAUGGUCAAAUAUGCGACCGAUUACAAUAUUUAAUUGGCUGCCGCCCUGCGGUCCAGACACCUGCACAGUUAAGAUCGGAUAUGGAGUAUGGGGCACUUCGGGUUGCGAGACUGAACACUCCCCCGCUCAACACCGCGAUAUUGACCAAUUGAAGCAGCAAUCCUGCGACUCCGGCUCAAGCAAGAUUGGCGCACAUUCAUUCGGAAACGAUACGGAUAUGGGCGCAACUAAGGACUGCAAUCCACACACGCCGCCAGUCUUCCGCCGCUUGAUCGCAUGGCCCAGGCGAAGAGGCCGACUCUUGCAUGAUUUCAGAGAGCCAAGACUGGGAAGAGUAUCCGUAUGUUCGCAGAAACAGCUUCUCGAAACACCGACCAGCGACGAUUAUUACAGAAGUCUACAAAUCUCAAGCCCGGUUGGGGUAGCAUGUCGAGAUGCUGCUCUGAGGACAGACGGAUGCUUCAUUACCGAAAGAACCUUUGAAACGACGGUGUACGCAAUAUGGAGUCAGUGGUCAGACUGCAGAACCCAGUUCCGUGUCGUGAUCCCAGCUAAGAUAGCGUCCAUCAAACAGUCAGGUUUGUUUCCACCGAUCGACCGGCCGAGCACCACACCAACAGUCUGCGCUAGCCGAAUGACAAGCCACAUAGGCGACCGCACCGCCGCGGGCAGCGUUACGCUGUACUUACCUUCUUCAAUAUUUGGCGCCAGUAAUGAGAGCUUUGAAGUCCUGAACACCGUCUCUAUGGACCAUUGUCCUGAAAGCCGCCUACAGGAGAUGUGGCUUAGGCCACCUCUUUCCAUUCUGUGGGGAGACGAAGCAUACGGGCACCCCCUUGGAUUACAGUCAUACACGCAGUCAAUGGGAAGAUUGCAUGAUUGGCCUGCGCUCUUUGACCUUACUCUUACCACCAUCGUGCGUUUCCCUAGGAUAGGAGUGUGCAUUCCAGAAGGGGAACAUCAUCAUUUUCCGCUACUCCGAGAGGAAGUUUCUCACCAAGUAAUCCUGCUUGACAAUAACGAGGCUGAGAUCGGAAUGGCCUUUAGCCACCCAGAGCGAACCAUUUUUCAACAGCAACAUGAGUGUGUGGAGUGGUUUAACACGGCCUGUUCACGAUCUCGGUCCCAUGUCGCAGCCGGCAAGGGAACGAUGUGUUGGGCCGAGCAAGGAAUGCUGAGCACCUUUCACACUCACGGAGGCUACAGCCGAUGCCCGAAUUUCCGGACGAGCCAUGCUGAGUGUGUCUACGAACCAGGCUCUAGUAAGAAGGAAGACUGCCGCACCGGGCUUACUCCUCCGUCGCAGACCGGCACCGGCGCCAUUGGAUUUGGGUGGGACAAGCCUGGACACAUGCAGUACCAAGCAAAACCCCUCGAAACCCUGUCGGUAGGCCUCGCGGAGUCGCUGAGGAUCAGACUCGAACUAUGCAUUCUCUUUGGGGAAACAUCUCAACAUGCAACGCAACAGACAUGCCACAGGGGCGUUUGGGGAGGGCGCAUCCUCAUUAUUCGCCGCCCACCGACGCGCAUGCAAUCCGAUUGCGAGGAGCCAGUCUUGGUUGGCCCUUCACCAGUCAUGAUGCUUGUCGCUAUUUUCACGUACUUCCCGAUGACAGGACGACGCCCAACACCACCUCAGUGGUGGCAGAGUCUUUCACAUGUCUGGGGGCCGGUACCUCAAAUCUUUGCUGUAUCCGCAAAUGCAACCACUUUGGCCCGCUCCAUCCAUUCGGUUGUCUGGCAGCCUGGCAGGGGAAACGCGGGCAAGACAACCCCCUUCGCGUGUCGCUCACGGGGUAUACUGCUGGACGGAGCAGCAUUGCCCCUGCGCGCAGCGUCGCCCAGCUAUUCGGCCGGCACGAUCGGCGUGGCCCAUGACGCUGCUGUAUUACAGAUGUUUUGUCAUUUGAAGUGUCUCGUUGCUGCCACAGCCGAAGACUUUGUCGAAACGGGCCUCGUGACGCCAGACAACGAUCCAGUCAAGCAGCCCACAGAGUCCAAGCUGACAAUACUACAAAGGCUGUGUGUAACAUUUUGGAACCUCGAGAACAGCCGACUCUUUGUCUACACUGUUUCCCCUAAGAAAUUGCAGUCCAUCUCGCUUGCAAUGGUUGCUCACGAAAUGCAUCCGCGCGACAGCAAGGCGUGGGCCAGACGGAGCCACGGAAGCAUCCAAGUUCCUUUGCUCAAGGAUCGGCCGUGGACUAUUUGCAUGCUCUACCCUAGCACUGGUUCAACCAUGGGUAUUCCAGCAGGCUGGCAAGCAAUCAAUGCUCAAUGGUCUCGGCUUUGGCGAUACGCUACAAUCAUCCAUCGCUUCCUCUUGGUUCCUGCAAGUUCUUCAUUAACCAACACCAUUACUGGGUAUACAUCCAAUGUGGCUUUGGUGUUGACCCUUGAAGGUCUUUCGAGGAAGAUGAAAGAUGUUGGGGGCGCUGCUCACCAUAUUGGCAGACUUCGCGGCAAAACAUGGCAAGAACACUCUAUCAAUUUUGGCCAUCCUCAGGGCUCGGCAUCUCUGCUGCGUUCUAUUUUGGGCUUGAUCUCAUUUGGGAUCACUUUAUUGUCGCUUUAUUUCUUUGAUCGCUUUGCACGACAAGGGGCUGGCCGGACAGAGGGCCAAAGACAGCAAUGGUGUCCUGGCAACCCUGGUCCGGCUACAACCACGAAUGAAGGAAGCGGCAUUGCACAAGACAACCUAGACAAGAACAGACGCAGCAGCAAUAUCGAUUCGGCCGUCCAGGGGACGAUCCUCUCCCGCGCAUCUGAGAAUGAGACCCAGUCGGUGCCGCCGUCCACACGACCUUGGAAGUUGGAUCACCACUCCUUUCUCAGCAGUGGGUGUUGUCUCAAUGCCUGGGAAGAGCAUAUGAUUAAUGUCGACGCAGGACUAGAGGGCGUUCUGGAAGCCGUGGACGUACCUACGCGACAUAAGACAGGACCCUGCAAACGGACUUUUGACGGCGUACGCACGGCAAUACGUGUGCCAUCCGGACGGAGCGAGGCAAGGGACAAGAUGCCUCCCCGCACUACCACGGCCACGAUACCAAGACUCCACAAACAGGCGAAAAGACGGUGCGCUGCCGUCAGCGGCCGUGUUUCUGUUGCGGGACGCAAGGUGACACAAGGGAUCGUGCCUCACGUCGGUCUUGUGUUGCUUUCUUUGCCCUGGGCUGGAAACCUCUUUUGUGCGUCGAGCCACGACAGUGUGGGCACGGAUAUGGAACUUCUACUGCGGUGCAGCACCAAUGCCUGGGUUAAUUCAACAUGCUGGGUCGUCUGGGAUUUGCCGACCUCUGAAGAUCUGAGCUGUUGGGCACGCCGCACGAAUCAGAGCGACGGAGACUAG